GACAUCAUAAUCCUAGGUGGGUGCCAAGGCACUGUUAGGAGAAACAGCUCAUUUUCCCCCUGGAGCUCCAGGAUGUGGAUGUGAGAAGGUGAGAAGGAAGGCAGAUGGCGACAAAAAAUAGCCCUAGUCCCACUCCCAUGGGCACAGCUCAGGGGGACCCUGGAGAGGCAGGGACACUGCCAGGGCCUGGUGCUGACAUCAGGAACACAGUUUCCACCGCUGAGCGGAUGAAGCCCCGGAAAGGGCGCAAGCUCAAGGCGCUCAUCAUUGACCUGGGCUCCCAGUACUGUAAGUGUGGCUACGCCGGAGAGCCUCGGCCCACCUACUUCAUCUCCUCCACGGUGGGCAAGCACAGUCCCGAGGCAAUGGUGGAUGCUGGCGACAAGGGCAACACCCGCAAGGAGACCUACGUGGGCCACGAGGUCCUCAACGUAGAGGCGCCUCUGAAGCUGGUCAACCCGCUGAAGCACGGCGUCGUGGUGGACUGGGACUGCAUCCAGAGCAUCUGGGAGUACAUCUUCCACACGGCCAUGAAGAUCUGCCCCGCGGAGCACGCCGUGCUGGUCUCCGACCCUCCGCUCAGCCCCAGCAGCAACCGGGAGAAGUACGCGGAGCUCCUGUUCGAGACCUUCCGCAUCCCUGCCAUGCACGUGACGUCCCAGGCGCUGCUGUCCAUCUACUCGUACGGCAGGACCACGGGGCUGGUGGUGGAGAGCGGGCACAGGGUCUCGCACGUGGUGCCCAUCUGCCAGGGCAACCUGCUCCCGGGCAUGACCAGCCGCGCGGACUACGCCGGCAGCGACCUCACCAACUAUCUGAUGCAGCUGCUCAACGAGGCCGGCCACAAGUUCACGGACGACCACCUGCACAUCAUAGAGCACAUUAAGAAGAAGUGCUGCUACGCUGCCCUCCUGCCGGAAGAGGAGCGUCUGGGCCUGGAGGAGCUGCGUGUGGACUACGAGCUCCCGGACGGCAAGGUCAUCACCAUCAGCCAGGAGCGCUUUCGCUGCGCAGAGAUGCUCUUCAGGCCGUCCCUGGCAGGCCGCGCCCAGCCCAGCCUCCCUGAGCUCGCGGCCGCCUGCCUGGACAGCUGCCAGGAAGCGGGCUUCCGGGAGGAGAUGGCCACCAACGUGCUGCUGUGCGGCGGCUGCACCAUGCUGGACGGCUUUCCCGAACGCUUCCAGAGGGAGCUGAGCCUCCUCUGCCCCGAGGACAGCCCCAUCGUGGCCGCUGGGCCCCAGAGGAAGACCUCCGUGUGGACUGGCGGCUCCAUUCUGGCCUCACUGGAGGCCUUCCAGCAGCUCUGGGUCAGCAAGGAAGAGUUCGAGGAGCGGGGCAGCGCAGCCAUCUACACCAAGUGCUGAGGGGCCGCCCCCAACAGAUGGCCCGCUAUACAUUUGCAGAAUUUCACAUAAAAGUUUACU